UGUCUUUCAAAUUGUCCUGCACGAAGACUGAAAGACAUGAAAGAGAGCGACGAAAUGGAGUCCCAGCCCACGCCGCGUUGUGGUUGGUUGUGUCUCGGACCGCUGACCUUUCAUGACCAGAUAAAGGGGGACAAGAUCCACCUGAGCCACGGUGGACUGUUGGCCCAGAAAAAGGUCGGCUCCUUCAGAAAUGGUCUUCUGUUCAGCAGCCGACCCAUUCGCCUGCAGGAGAGGGUUCGUCUGCGAGUGGUGAGGCGCACGUCCAAGUGGUCCGGAGCGCUUCGAGUGGGCUUCACUAAUGUCCCCCCCGGUGGCCGACACCUCCCCCUGCCCAGCCUGGCCAUCCCAGACCUGACCAGCACGCCAGGUCACUGGGUCGCCCCAGUGUGUGAGUCCCUCUGCUGGCCAGGCUCGGAGCUGGAGUUCUGGGUGUCACGCGGAGGCAACCUCUAUGUUUCCGUCAGGAAGCACGAGCACAUGCUGCUGUCAGGACUGGACCUGAGCCGGCCCCUGUGGGCCCUUGUUGACCUGUACGGCCAGACGCAGGCCGUCCACCUGCUAGGAUCAAGGAAGAGGUGUCUUCUGUUCACCCGGAGGUCAUGUCCUGUCCCUGAACGCAUCAUUCUACCAGCUGUUGAAGACAGCAACAACCUGAACUACAGUCUCUGCAGUGAAAGCAUUGUGGGCAGUAAAGACUCGCAAGGCGAUGAAAGCGAGCAGGACUGUGUGGUCUGCAUGGUGGAACCAUCCCGCGUGACACUUCCUUGUGGUCACCACUGCCUCUGCAGCCAGUGUCUAACCAAGGUCUGGCUGCUUUUCGGAAGGUGCCCAUUGUGUCAGCGGGACUUCAAGCUUCUACCAAGCAGGGCAAACCGCUGACGGCACCAGAAACGUUGAACGUGUUUAUUUGUACACAUUGUAUCUUAAAUGGAAUCCUUUGUACUAUAUAUAAUAA